AUGACUGCACUCAGUGAACUGCCCAUUUUACUGAAGGGUGAAGCUGGUGUUUGGUGGUUAGGGGUCAAGAACGACGUGACUUCCUGCGCCAAAUCAAGUAUUGCCUCGUACUCACUAUAUUGCGAGUUACGGAAGAAAGGCUUUGCCUUCAAGGAGUUAAGAGUGAGCAUCACCAUGGCUGAUGGCGUUCAGAGACCGCAAACCGUACUAGUUACCCAGGCACCAGUCAAGACCAGUGACCAUACUGUUCCCACCACUUUCCUGGUCCUGCCCGGGUCACGCCACAACAGGACCCUGCUUGGAGUUGGUUUUAUAGAAGACGCUCAUAUAGUCCUUAACCUCCCACAAUAUACUUGGUUCUUCAUUGAGGAUCCAUUUGAUGAAUUCGAACUGUAUGAAGAAAGUUUUGUGAAGUUCGGGGAAGGAGAUAAAGAAGCAUACGUCCGUAAUUGCAUUUAUUGCCAACGCUACAAGGCAUCAAAUCAGAAGCCCGCUGGUUUGCUUCAGACUACUGCUCAGAAUCAGCGCUUUGAAGUAGUAGCCUUCGAUUUAUUCGGACCCUUGCCUCGAACCGCUGCUAACCAGAACUGGAUCUUGAUUAUUGAGGAUGUUGCAACUCGUUGGGUGGAAUUGUUUGCCCUAGAACGAGCCACUGCAGAAGAGUGUGCCAAAAUCCUCCUUGACGAAGUAGUAUUGAGAUAUGGCACACCAAGAAGAUUUGCUUAGGUAUCCAACACGGAUUCACUCCCGUCUAUCACCCACAAAAGAAUCCUGUUGAAAGACGGAAUCGCGACCUGAAGAUGCAACUAGCCAUCUUGGUAAAGGAUAGUCAUACGAUAUGGGCAGAGAAGCUGCCAAGUAUCCGUUUCGCAAUGAAUACAGCGACAUCAUGCUCCACUGGCUAUACACCUGCAUACCUCACGUUCGGACGCGAAUAACGAACGCCAGAUGAUGUCCACCACGAUCUUCGAAAGAUUGUGGAGAACGAAAACUUCAUCAAAGAAAUCACUCCUCGCCUGCUUAUGAUGGCUGAUACAUUGCUCAAGGCGCGAGAAAUACAAGACGCAAAAGAAGAAAAACGAAAGGACUAUGUCGAUCAGAAGAGACAAGCUUGUCCAGACUAUCAACCCGGAGACCUAGUGUUGGUAACUACCCAUGCACUGAGUAAAUCCAGUCAAGGAUUUAGCUCCAAACUGGCCCCGCGGCGCGAUGGUCCUUACCUGAUCGUGCGACGACACGGCCCCAGCUCAUUUGAAGUCGCAAGCACUGAGACAAAUACACCCGUUGGUGCAUCGGCUUUGGUUCCUUUCCGAGCAGGAGACACUGAAGUCCCUGAACCCACAUUGCCGAUACGCAAAAGAGGAAGGCCAAAUAAGCAGGGUGCUGUAAAGAAGGCUGUGCCUAGCCCUCGUGGUAGACCACGUAAAGAACGAUCAAGAACGAAUAGAUGAUUUAGUCCUGUCUCUCUCUCGUCGGGUCGACUUCGUGGACAGAGGGGGAGAUCUGUAACACAAUAUGGAUAACAUAACAUAGUUACGGCCUACCUGCACCUUGAUGGCGCUACGAGUCCUGCUGCCACCUCACCGUGCAUACAACUAUCAGCAUGAGCGAUAUUUACUCCCGACGCCGCUAGAUAACUCUGCCGUCAAGUUAGUCGUCGCUAACGUUUGUUUGUCGAGAAUAGGGACCUCUGGACCGCCUCAAAUGUUAUAGGUAUCCAGAAUAGGAACUAGUAUGAGCACGCUACCCGCUUCCACCACUGUUGGGACGGCCUAGUGUCUUUUGCUAGUUUAGUAAUACAUUGCUGACCCUGAGUACUUCCACCCCCCGUUGGGAUACUCAGAGCCAGCAGUGUGCACUGCUCAGAAUUGUAUUGCAUAAUUUAAACGUAUUCUUACGGAAAUAUAAGUCUUCUCACUAUCUCGCCCCCGCCUCUCAGUUAUAACAUUGAAAUAUUUACCUACGGUUCUGACGUAAAACAACUGCGAAAUGGCCAACGAAAUUCUUAUUUCUUCGAGAGACUUCAAAAGGCUGAAAAACAAUAAAAAGUCGCCAAAGGAGAGAAUAACAUAUGCAUAUAUCGAAACAAGGCUACAGACAUUGGAGGAGAUUUUUCAGGAAUUCAAGGUAGGCCACAAAAAGUUAAUUUCCACGGUACCACAGAGCAGUAAAGAAACAAUGACAUAUUUUACAUUUGAUACAUAUGAUUCUUUUCAAGAAAAAUACAAUACAUAUAAAAGUUGCUCAAAUCUGCCCUGUCAACUGCCAAACCACGGAGUUCAUAUGCGUUAACACCUGAGACAGUGAAAAUGUCAAAUAUACCAC